ACAACAAUUACAAUAUCUGUCGUGCUUGUUUUAUUUUUCAAGAACAUUAGCACUUUAUAUAAGAAAACACGACAUGAUUUCGAUCAAUCUUUUAGUAUUAAUCAAUUCUGUUGUUGUUGCGCUGAUGGCUAUAUACAUGUACGUUAUCGUAAAUGAAAAAAGAUUACAGGAAGAUCGGACAGUGCAAAAUGUUGAUCGUGAAGAGAAUCUGACUGCUGAAAUAAGACGAAUUUCUGAUAAACUAAAGGAAGUGCAAUACAUUGACAAUGUCGUAAAGAAACUGGCCGUCGGUAUAACUGAUGAAAUAAAAAAACAAGUUUCUGAUGAACGUAUAGCAGAAAGAGUUCAAAGCUUAGAUAAUGUUGUAAAGAAUAUGAACGCAAGUAUAUCUGCUGAAAUAAGACGAUUUUCUGAAAAAGUGAAAAACAUUGAAAAUGAUGUUGAGAAUCUGAAAGUCAGUAUAACUGCUGACAUACGACGCAUUUCUGAGGAAACGAUAGCAGAAAAAGAACCACGUCGAAAGGACGAUCGUGCUUUGUCAAUGUGCAUUGGUAUUUCCGAUAAAAACACUUAUAUCAAAUCUGUAAGAAGGACGGUUUGCCAAGGUGGACCAUCAUGUGAGAGCAUCUGCAAGGACAUUGUACUUCUCGAUAUAAGUUUGAAAUGUUUCAAUGCUUUGCAUUUAUAUGAACGAAGUGAAAAAGAUACAUCUUCAAUGGCGUAUUUGUACGGAAAAGGUGGAUGUUCUACCACAGUUUGUGGACCAAACUACUGCUGCUGCUACAGAUGAUAUCCAGAUAUUUCAGUGGGAACUAUAUUCGCAAAUAUCUGAAGAACAUAUCUUUAAAAUAAAAUAAAUGAAUGUCAAUAUGAACAGAUAUUGAUUAAAAGGUUAAAAGGUAAUAGACUAAUGGACCUGGAAAUAGCUUGCCCUAAAUAAAAGUUAGGGAAAGAGCAAUAGUUACAAUCAAUCAUUUUUUUUUAAAUAUUAGCAGAUUUAUUAUGUUUAUCGAAUAUACCCAGUUUAUAGUAAUACUUUAUUCCAAAAGCAAGUACAGCUUAUAGGAUAAACAUUCAAUUUUUGACAAAUUUAUUAUACAUGCAACACUAUUACAUAAACAUAC